UCUUUGCCCUCAGGGACAGGGCUUAGGUACAAGAUGGCCGCCGCGCGCCCGGAUCCCCCGAUUCCGAGCUCACCGACCCAGGAGUCGCUAUCCCCGGAGCCGCCGGACCUGGUCCUGGUGCCUGAUGGUGGCCGCCCUGCCACACCCCCAGGGGACCUCAUCGAGAUCCAGGUGGUCAAAGUCACAGAUACUACAUCGGCCCCUGAGCCCCCAGAGCCAGGAUCUUUUCAUUGUGCCCUGUGUCCUGCUGCCUUCCGUCUAGUCUCGGAGCUGCUGUUUCAUGAGCAUGGUCACCUGGCAGGCUUGGAAGGGCUUGGGCAAGGUGGGGACCCUAGCCGUUGUCACGUGUGUGGCCACAGCUGUCCAGGUCCUGCUAGCCUGCGUGCACACUACAGCUUGCACACAGGAGAACGACCUUACCGCUGCCCUCUCUGUCCACGGGCUUUUAAGGCCUUGGCACCCCUGCUCCGGCACCAGCACCGACAUGGGGUGGAGCCAGGCACCCCUGGAAGGCUUCUACCCACAGCAGCAGCAGGACAGCCGAACUCAAGGGUGGCCCAGGAGAGGUCGGAGGUGGUGAUGACUGCAGCAGCUGCGGGUGCUGUGGUAGGCAAGCCUUUCGCCUGCAGGUUCUGUGCCAAGCCCUUCCGCCGCUCCUCAGACAUGCGAGACCACGAGCGGGUACACACGGGGGAGCGGCCCUAUCACUGUGGCAUCUGUGGCAAAGGCUUCACUCAGUCCUCUGUUCUGAGCGGUCAUGCUCGCAUCCACACGGGCGAGCGCCCCUUCAGAUGCAUGCUCUGCGACCGCACUUUCAAUAACUCCUCCAACUUCCGCAAGCACCAGCGUACCCAUUUCCAUGGGCCAGGGCCCGGAGUGGGAGAGUCUGGAGGCCAACUGAGAUCAUCUUCGGUAUCCCAAGAAUCAAGGAGUAAAUGUGGGACAGAGAACACUAUGGAAGAAGGGUGUAGAGAGACUAAGAAGGUGAAUGUGGAGGUUGAUCAGUAGGCUGGAAAUAGGAAGCAUAUCAUAGGAAAUGUAGGUGGGCAAAUUGAGGGAGAGAUCAAGAGGCCAAGGAGAAAUAAUGAGGAAUUGGAGUUAGAUUUAAAAAGGGAACCUGAUUGUGGUCUCCCAGAACCCCAUGCUGCACCUGAGACUCAGGAAAGAGGUACUUGUGGGUCUGUGGGUGCCCAGAUAUGUCCCAGUACACUAGAGACUGAGGCAGAAGGAUCUGGUCCAGACUGGGCUGGAGAGCAAGACUUUAUGUAGCAACACCUCUGGUCCAAUAAAAUAUUUUGCCUACCUCAACUGGAUUGCACUGGUCCUGGGAUGCCUACCCUGCGGUGCAGAAGAUGCCCACUAGGCCAUCUCUAAAGGGAGGCUGGGAUACCUUCCCCUCGAAACCAUGAAGUAUCUAAACCACAUCUCUCGGAUGUGAACCUGCUCAUAUUCACUCUAAGCUCUGCCUACUUCUCCAUCCUACCCCAUAGUGGUAUCUCUUUAACCCACUAAACUCCUCCUCUUCUUUUUUUUUUUUUUUUUUUUUUCCGGGCUGGGGACCGAACCCAGGGCCUUGUGCUUCCUAAGCAAGCGCUCUACCACUGAGCUAAAUCCCCAGCCCCCACUAAACUCUUCUGGAAGCAACUGAGAGCACAUACUACAAGCAGGCAUUCACUUGGUGUCCCCUUAAACCUUAGGCUCAGAGCCUGUGGUUUCCCAUGUCUACAAAGUUUCAGAUCUCUAUUCUCCACUCUCAGGUAGACAGCUUCUUGGGCAAUUCUGAGGCAGGGUUAGCUGAUGACAACCUUGGUGGGCCAGUACAGGGUGUAAAGUAAGAGAUGAUACCAUGGUAAGGGGCUAAAAGGAUUUGGGAGUUGUAGUAUGGGGUGAGAGUGGGAACUUCCAGUCUGUUCCUAUUAAAAGACUUUCUGAAAGGUUUCUGUCAGUCUUGUAUUCCAGUUCUCUGGGUAAUUAUCCAUUAUCUGAAAUGGUGAGUGACCAGGCUUGGGUUGUUUGUAGAUGGCUCUUUGGUAGUAUUGUAAGUUCUGUGUAAGGAAGGGGUGUUGAGGUUGGUGUGCUUACUCAGAAGGGUCCCUAGUUUUCUCAUGGAGAAGAUGUGUUUCUAGUUCACUCCUCCUUCAUCCAGCAUCCCCAAGAGGUGACCCUUGGAUGAUGCAGAGUAAAAACUCCACCACUUCCUCCAAAGAAAGGAGCCUGCUUCUGGAGACAACAGAAUGUCUUUGCUUUCUCACGUGGAUCCUUGCCACUGAACAGAAAUCCCCUGCUGUCUUCAGAGGGGACUACCAACACAGCAGCCGUGUGGAUAAGGGACCAGAUUCAAUGAGAGGUGAAAUAUAGCAACUG